UCCACACCUACCAAAAUUAAGGGGCAAUAAAGUAUUGUGAGCAUUGAAUUGUCUACUCUUACUGCUACUUUGCACUCUUCUUCUUCUUCUUCAUUGCAAUAUCAGGAAGAAGAAAUGGCUUAUGCUGCUCUGACUUCUGCUGUAUGCUCGCUUGAUCUAUUCCUGAAAUGCGAUCAUCCCUUACUGAAUAAUCUUCGGAGGAAAGAGGAGAUCUUAUCACUAUGCAAAAGAAUUAUUGCUUUUCAAGAGUUCUUGACGGAUUAUGAAAAGAUAAAGCAUAGACAUGAAGGGCUGAAAUUGUUGGAAGGAAAGAUCAACGAGAAAACAUAUCAAGUUGAAGAUAUUGUUGACUCAAAGCUGAGAAAAUAUUUCCUGGCUAAAAAUGCAAACUGCCGAAGAAAGGCCUACUCAGUACUAUUCAGGAGAUUGCAAGUAGCAGUUGAAGAAAUGGAAUUUAUCAGAAACGAAGCCAUGAAAAUUAAGGGUGACAAGAUUAGCACUUUGAAGUUUCAUUCUAAAGUUUCACCGGCUAUGCUUGUACGUAGUCCAAGUGGGCAACAAAAGCCAGUUGGUUUCCAGGACGAAUUGGAGAAAAUAAUUGAUAGGCUCAGACAUGGGCCGCGUGAACUAGAUAUCAUUUCUAUAGUCGGAAUGGCUGGUAUUGGUAAAACAACUCUUGCGAAAAGAGCAUAUAAUGAUCCUUUAGUUGUUAAUCGGUUUGAAGUUCGUGCUUGGACCACUGUUUCUCAAGAGUAUAGAGAAAAAGACAUAUUAUUUGACUUCUUUUAUCAAGUUGUUCCUCCAACCAAUGAAAUGAAUCAAGAGAGUUACGAGCAAGCUGCUUAUCAAGUGUAUGAUGGGCUGAUGAAUCAUCCUCCGAAAGAAAUAUAUGAAGGAAGUGAGGAUGAAAUUGCUGACCGAUUGAAAAAAAGUUUAAAACGUAAGAGAUUUCUCAUUGUUGUCGAUGACAUGUGGAGCACUGCUGCUUGGGACAACAUGAGCAGGUUGUUUCCUGAUGAUGAAAAUGGAAGUCGUGUCAUCCUAACGAGUAGGCUCAUUGAUGUAGCAACUUAUGCUAAUCCAGACCGGCAACCUCACCAACUGAAUUUUCUAAAUAAUGAUGAAGGUUGGGAGCUACUCUGUCAGAAACUUUUUGGGAAAAGAGGAUGUCCGUCUGAAUUGGAAGAGAUCGGAAGAAGUAUUGCAGAAAAAUGCCAAGGACUACCUCUAGCAAUUGUUGUGGUUGCGGGACAUCUCUCGAAAAUGAGCAAGACUCCUGAUUGCUGGAACUCUGUUGCAGAAAGUGUGGGUUCCGUUGUAAAUCGUGAGCCAGGACAGUGUUUAGACAUACUUGCUCUAAGUUACAAAUACUUGCCUCAACAUCUAAAAGCCUGCUUCUUGUACAUGGGAGCAUUUCCUGAAGAUUUUGAGAUUCCAGUGUGGAAGCUGAUCAGGCUGUGGAUUGCCGAAGGCUUCCUUAAUGCAACAGUGCUAAUGACCGUGGAAGAGAUAGCAGACGAAUGCUUGGAGGAUCUUAUUGGUAGAAGUUUGAUUUUAGCUGAAAAGUGGUCUAAUGGAAAACUCAAAACAUGUAAACUCCAUGAUAUCAUGCGAGACUUUUGCUUAGAAGAAGCUAAAAGACAAAACUUUCUACAUGUCUUGAAGCACUCCCUCAGUGUUCUAUCAGAAAGCGAAAUAACAGCUCUGCGUCGAGUUAGUUUCAAUUGUAGCACCAUCUACGCAAGUUACUCUUUCCAACCCACUGAUCGUACUGUUUCUGUUUCUCGUUCCAUCUUGGGAUUCAACAUUUCCCAGAGUUCAAUCUUUUCCUACAUAGAUUUCAAAUUGCUCAGAGUUCUAGAUAUCACCUUCCAACAUUUCCCACAGUUUCCCAGUGAGAUAAUGCAACUUGUUAAUUUGCGUUACCUUGCAUUGGCCACUGGUAGCGAAUUCUUUCCACCGGUAUCUCAGUUUUGGAGUUUGCAGACUUUAAUCCUUCAUGUGUAUUCAAGAGACUCCACUUUGCCUAGGGAUAUAUGGAAGAUGCAAAACCUCAGACAUCUCCGUGUUAAACCAAGCAUCCGUUUGCCAAGUCCAAUCAAAGAAGAACGUAAAAAUUCCUCGGUUUUAAAUAACCUACAAAUACUUGCCAAUAUUGCCCAUGCAGAUUGUACAAAGGAUGUCUUCUCAAGCACUCCUAAUUUGAAGAAAUUGGGAAUAUGUGAAACGGUCGAGUAUACUUAUCCAGUCCAGAUUCCCUGGAGUGAUUUUCUCUACACAUCUGAAAAUCUGUGGCCUUAUUGUAGUGAAUCAGUUUCAGCCUUGUGGUCAGAUUGCAUUAGAGACCUUGCUCUCCUGCCUCAACUCGAGGCGUUAAAGAUUGUUGGAUUGAAACCACCCGUACAAGUACCAAAAUUAGCUCUUCAUCUCGAUGCACUUCCAGAGAAUCUUAAGAAAUUGACUUUGAGCUUCACUUACUUGCCAUGGGAGAGCAUGAGCUCUCUUUGUAGAUUACCAAAUCUCGAGGUACUCAAACUAAAGAAUUACGCCUUCACAGGUCCAAAGUGGGAACACGUUGAAGAGGGGUUCGUUUCUUUAAAACUGUUGCUGAUCGAGGUGUCCGAUUUAGAGGAAUGGAGUGCCUCAAAUGAUCAUUUUCCUUGCCUAGAACAUCUAGUUCUUAAGAGUUGCCUUCGCUUGAACAGCAUCCCUCACGAUAUGGGAGAUAUUCCGACUUUACAGAUAAUUGAGGUGGAAAAUUCAAGCCAAUCUGCAGCGUUUUCAGCUAAAGAGAUCCAAGAGGAGCAGCAGAGUUUUUGUAACGACACUCUAGAAGUGCGAAUAGGGAGAAAUUUUUGGAGAGUAAAUGUUGUUGCAACACCUUAGUCCACAAGGGCAACAAUGAUAAGAGAACUUUCUAUGUAGUCAAGUGAAAGUCACUUAUACUUAACAAGAAGGGGGAUUACAGUCGGAACUUUGAGGCAACACAAUUGUAGUUUAAUGAUGAAUUGACCAUGGAGAUUCACUUCAGAAGAGCAGGCACUAUGAAAUGAAGUAACUUCAAUCAAUAUAAAAUAUUGGUCUCAAGGAUUGUGGACUACAAAAAGUAGUGAUUACUCACAACAACAUGUCCGGUGUUAGGGUCUGAGGAGGGAUAGGAUGUACGCAGACCUUACUCCUACCUUUGAGAGAUAAAAGUGGUGUAAAGUUUUAUUUUUUUAUCAAUGCCCUUUCCUGCUCUGGUCCACAGUAAGUUUAUUUAGCUAUGGACUGAAGCAACUGUCUUGUGAUCGAAUGACUCGUCACAGCUGAAGGAUUGUGAAAACUGGCUCCUUUACUUUCUCAUCCUCGACUUAUUCUCAGAUUGUAAUGGUGGUAAGUGGUGACCCAUCCCCAGCUUUAAACAUGUUGAACGUUUUCAAUGGGUAGUCAACGAUUCUGAAAAUUGAAUCUAUUUCCCAAGUCUAUCUGAAACGUUCUCUCCUAUUCUAUUGCUGUGAUUGCGUUAAAAACCAUUUUUGUAUCAAUGUGGAAAACCUUCAAUGUAAGGAUAAAUUCUCUUUGCUGAUAUAGUUCACAGUAUCGGGGAGCCAGCCAAAUGAUAUUGGGACAUCCUGAUGGUUUCGUUACAAGUUUGUAUUUGUUAGAGGUUGAUGAAGUCCUUGGUUGUGAUA